AUGUCAUCCUUUAAGUCAAAUGAUGACAAUGAAAACCUCGUUGGAAUAGGAAGUAGGUUGCAAGAGUUGAAAUCCCAUAUAAGAAUUGGGUCAGGUGGUGUGCAUAUGGUUGGGAUAUGGGGGGUUGGGGGUGGUGGUAAGACCACUCUUGCUACUACUCUGUACAUGGAAAUGAAAAUCUCUGGUCAUUUUGAUGGCUUUUGUUUUGUUGAAAACAUCCGAGAGGAAUCAACACAACCAAAUGGUUUAAAAAGUCUACAACAGAAAAUUUUAUCAGAUGUUUUUGACAAAGAAAUCAAAGUGGAGAGUGUUGGUAUAGGAAAACACAAGAUUAAAGAUAUGUUAUGUCGUAGGAAAGUGUUGAUUGUUCUUGAUGAUGUCCAUCAUCAUGAUCAACUAAAGGCUUUAGCCGGAUCUUGUGAAUGGUUUGGUGAUGGGAGCCGGAUAAUAAUUACAACUAGGGAUGAACAUUUGCUAAAAACUCACAGGGUAAAAGAUAUCUCUCCUAUCAGUUUACUAGCAAGUGAGGAGGCUAUUCGUCUCUUUAACAAACAUGCAUAUGAUGAAGAUAAUCCCGUACCUGAUUGUGAGAUGCUUUCACAACAAAUUAUUUCUUAUGCUGGUGGGCUCCCCUUAGCCCUCAUUGUU